UCCUCCUCCUCCUCCUCCUCUACCUCCUCCUCCUCUUCCUCCUCCUUUUCCUCCUCCUCUUCCUCCUCCUCCUCGCUCGCCUCUUCCUCCAGUCGGGCUGGCCUUAGUUAUGCCUUCUCUGUCUGGCGAAUGGAGGGCGCCUGGCAGUCGAAUGGGUCCAGUUCCACGUUCCCGGCUCCUGGACCCGUUUCACUGACACAGCCUCUUGGCCCCUGCCUCGAAAGCCCCGAAGAGGCUGCAUCUCAGCCUCGAUGGUCUCGUGAGCUAGUCGCUACUGGUCUUCCGGUGCCCAGCUCUGUUGACCCCUCCGAAGUGUUGAGCUCUUCACUCACCGCUUCCGGCGCCUCGGGGUCACAGCCUACUCGGGUUGCCUGGCCAGGCGAUGAGAUGUUAAUCAGAACAUUUUGA